UCCUGUCACUGGCUUAUAUGGACAAGUCAGUCCAGGGUCAUGUGACCUUGGGUUGCUAAAAACAGCUCCAUCACCCAUUCUGAGCCAGGCCUGGAACAAUGUCCUCUAUGGAGAGAGACAUAACGGACACUUGAUCAUACAGUCCUUGGAAAUAUUUCCAGGAAACACUUACAGAAGCCGUUCAGGAGCACCGUUCCCCUGGAAGUACACUCAGGGACGGCUAGGAAAUGAGCACUUCUCUGAAUUACAAGUCUUUCUCUAAAGAGCAGCAGACCAUGGAUAACUUGGAAAAGCAACUGAUCUGUCCCAUCUGCCUAGAGAUGUUCACAAAGCCCGUGGUCAUUCUCCCCUGCCAGCACAACCUGUGCAGGAAAUGUGCCAGUGACAUCUUCCAGGCCUCUAACCCGUACUUACCCACAAGAGGAGGCACCACCGUGGCAUCGGGGGGCCGCUUCCGCUGUCCCUCCUGUAGACAUGAGGUGGUGUUAGACAGACAUGGGGUCUAUGGACUGCAGAGGAACCUGCUCGUGGAAAACAUCAUUGAUAUCUACAAGCAGGAAUCCACCAGGCCAGAAAAAAAAUUGGACCAGCCCAUGUGUGAGGAGCAUGAAGAGGAACGCAUCAACAUUUACUGUCUGAAUUGUGAAGUGCCCACCUGUUCCUUGUGCAAGGUGUUUGGCGCUCAUAAAGACUGCCAAGUGGCUCCCCUGACCCAUGUGUUCCAGAGGCAGAAGUCAGAGCUCAGUGAUGGUAUUGCUGUACUUGUGGGAAGCAACGAUAGAGUCCAGGGUGUGAUCAGCCAGUUGGAGGACACCUGUAAAACAAUUGAGGAGUGCUGCAGAAAGCAGAAACAGGACCUGUGUGAGAAGUUUGAUCACCUAUACGGCAUCCUGGAGGAGAGGAAGACCGAAAUGACCCAAGCCAUCACCCGAACACAAGAGGAGAAACUGGAGCACGUCCGAACUCUCAUCAGAAAGUAUUCCGAUCACCUGGAAAACGUAUCCAAGUUGGUGGAGUCAGGAAUCCAGUUCAUGGACGAGCCCGAAAUGGCGGUGUUUCUGCAGAACGCCAAGACCCUGUUGCAAAAGAUUGUGGAAGCAUCGAAGGCGUUUCAGAUGGAGAAAGUGGAGCAAGGUUAUGAGAUCAUGAGCAACUUCACAGUCAAUCUCAAUAGAGAAGAAAAAAUUAUCCGUGAAAUUGACUUUUCUAGAGAAGAGGAAGAUGAAGAAGACACAGGAGAAAUAGAUGAAGAAGGGGAAGGAGAGGAUGCAGUAGAAGUAGAAGAGGCAGAAAAUGUUCAGAUAGUGUCUUCAGGGGAAGAGGAGACUCUGGAAAAGUCUGCGGAGCCCUAUCAGCUGGCCGCAGAGCUCCAGGCUGCCCCAGGGCCACUACCUGCUUCCUCUCCAGAACCGCUUUCAUCCACGCCUCCUGCUGCAGAUGUCCCGGUGACACAGGGGGAGGUGGUACCCAUUGGCUCUCAGCAGACCACACAGUCUGAAACUUCAGGCCCUUCGGCAGCGGAAACUGCGGAUCCCUUGUUUUACCCUAGUUGGUAUAAAGGCCAAAGCCGGAAAACCAGCUCCAACCCACCUUGUACUCCUGAGAGUGAAGGUCUGGGUCAAAUAGGGCCUCUGGGCGCUGAGGAUUCCGGCGUGCAGUCCGCAGAAGCGGCAGAAGCCCCAGAAGCCGCAGCCAGCGAGCAGGCAGCUGUGCGUGGUAAGGAAUCUAGUUCACCUGCAGCUACCUCUCAGAUUGGAUUUGAGACCCCUUCUCCCCAGGGACAGGCUGCAGACUUGGGGAGUGGGGGUGGGGCUGAUUCCGAGCCAGCUCGCCACGUCUUCUCCUUCUCCUGGUUGAAUUCCCUGAAUGAAUGAUAUUUAUUCUCGUUGCUGCCCCCUGUCUGCCUGGCUGAGAAGCACAUAGGCAGCAGGAAACCUGAGUGGAAAUUCACCAGGAUUCAUAUGAAGGGGACCUCUGGACCGGAUAUUUGAAAACAAAACAGCAACACCCUUUAAUUACAGAUGACUUAUCGCACUCAUUGAAAAAAUGAUUAUGUUCAGAACAAAAUUACAGAAAAUACUCUUAUGAAGAAACUUGAUCUUCUGCAAAUCUUUUAUUGUGUGAGAAACAUUCUGAAGGUUGUAUAGGUGUGGUACACGUGUGUGCACCGGCUGUAAGUGCCAAGUGGUAA